CCGGCCAUCAGAACACACUAUGCAGGGCUUCGUCAUUGCCGCCAUCCUGGCUAUCGCCGCCGCCGCCCCGGCACCGGAGACGUCGGGCUACAAGCCCGCUCCGGCUCCCUACCACCCGGCCCCCUCGCAGGAGUCGGCUUCUUACCAUACGGAGCCCCAGUACAAGGAGGAUGCCAGGCCGUUCGCCUACGACUACGCCGUCAACGACCAUUACACUGGCACCAACUUCGCCAAGAAGGAGGAGAGCGAUGGCCACAACACCCAGGGAUAUUACUCGGUAGCUCUGCCCGACGGCCGCGUCCAGCACGUAAAGUAUGUCGCUGACAACUACGGCGGCUACAACGCGGAUGUCACCUACGAAGGAGAGGCCCAGUACCCCGAGUACCACCCCGCA